GCUGUGUGCUCGUUUCUUUCGCUACUCUGCUGUUCCACACUUCACACGCUAAAUUCUUCUUGUUAUCGUGUUUCAUACGUGUCUGCGAUCUCGGUUUCCGCAUUACGAUAUUUUUGCGUGGGAUUCUGGUGACUACACCACUGACACCACCGGUUUGCGAAGAAUCAACCGCAUCCGUCGGAGACGAACGAUGUGUCAGUACCGAUGUCGAAAACGUUGACGAAAUUCGCUUUGAAAUCCUAUGUUCUUUUGUAAAAUAUGUUAAGUGUCUCGGAUGCAGUGUUGAGAAUGUACUAGUGCCUUUUGUAAAGGAAUAAAGGUGGAAUAAAGGUGGUGCGGCGGACAUGCCUGGAUUCCGAAGUCUGGCAUCUAGUGUUAAAAAAAAGAAGAUACUCUCGCUGGUCGGAUCCUGGUGCUCUAGCGGUUCCAUUUGUUUGAUGCGAUAACGUUUUAGAUGCAUCUAAGCUCAGUGCAAGUCCUGUGCGCGCUGGUCACGCUGGCGGCGGGCGCGGCGGCAGCGCCCCCGGCCUCCGCCCCCCACCACGUCGCGCGCCGCUCCUUCUUCACCCUCCAGUGCAAAGGAGUCUACGACGCCGCCAUCUUCGCGCGCCUCGACAGGAUCUGCGACGAUUGUUAUAAUCUCUUCAGGGAGCCUCAGCUGUUCACUUUGUGCAGGGAAGACUGUUUCACGACGGACUACUUCAAAGGUUGCGUCGAGGUGCUGCAAGAGACGGACCAACUAGAGCUCUUCAAAACAUAUAUAAAACAACUACACGGGGCCGACCCAGGGAUUUAGGGCAAAAUGUUUCACCACGCCCUAUUUCAAGGGUUGCAUGGAGUCUUUGUACCUUUACGACGAGGAGGAACAGAUAGAUCAGAUGAUCGACUUCGUGGGGAAACGCUAAAACUCAGCCCAAUUCGCGCCAACUCUUGACACGACGCCAUCUUGGUAUAACCCGCCCGGGUGAAAACGCCACAACAGUAAAGAACAACGUACAACCACAACGGCAAUCACAAUCGACCGCUUUGCCAAAAAGCAUCAAAAUGUCAAGUUCCUCCAAUUGACGUUUGCUUGCUAUCCUCAAAGUAUUCUAGUCUUCGAUGCAACAUAAAUUACCUAAUUUAUGUUUGCUACUAAUUGUAAUGUAAUCGUAAUUAAUGUAUAUUAAGGACAUUUAUAGUGUAUUAUUAAACGAAAUGUACAUUUGUGUUAUUACGUGUUGUAAGCAUAACAGCUAUGGAUAUUAGGGUAUAUUAGAGAUUGUUUAAAUAGUUAAACACCUCCUAGGUAUUUAAUUUAUUAACGAGGCAGAUCAACCCUUUCGAUGCGGGCCAUCCCUCUAAUUUUGCAUUCCAAUUACAGUAUUUAUCAAUUACUUACGCUUUUUAAUCUAAAUUUUGUCUUCUAUCGUUUCAAUGUUAUUGAGUAUUUAUAAUUAUAACGAACGCAAGAGUUUUAAUUUUGUAUUAAAUAACUAUGUGGCUUCUCUGACGUAUUCUACAAUUAUUUCUUAGUUAAGAUUUAUUUCAUUUUACAUUUAAAUAACUGAGAUUAUUGUAAAUAUGGGCUGAUUUCCAUUUGAAAGUAUUCUUACCAUCAUAACACCUUUACUAUUCAGAUGGAAAACUCAUCCGCAGCUAUAAGAUACAUACAUAGUAAAGUUUAGUAUGUCCGUUAGGAUAAAAGUAUUUGAAUUAGUCAAUAAGUAUUUAUAAAGAUUUAUUUUUAUAUACUUUCAACCUAUUUAUUAUUUGUUACUUUAUUAUUUUAUUUAUUGAGUCGUGUUUCUCAUUGCAUGAGAUUACCAGUGGUGAACAUUGUGUUUCUGAUUUAUGUAUAAGUUGCGGUUUUUACUUAUAAUGUUUGGUAACUCCGCUCACUCUCCUCUGUGUUCGAAUCUCACCUUUUUAGUUUUUAGCAUUUCUUACAUCACAAUUUUCAGAUACUUUAGCGUAUGCAAAUCUACCUACAUGCCUGUCAUUUAACGCGUAUUAUAUAGAAAAAAUGGUGCCAAUUAUGUCCCGAGACACUAGACUAAUAAAUUAGAUUACAAAGAAAUGCCUAUCAGUUAUUAGAACAAUGUGAAAAUAUUGUAAAAAAAUGAUGUCUAACAAUUUAGCCAAGUAUAUAAGUAUUUGUAUACAUUUUAUACAAGACAGCUAAGAAACGCUACGGGUUACACGAAAUAUAUCAUUUUAAAAACC